GGAACUGCGAGAUAAAGACUUGAAGAAGCUGCUGGAGCUAUAACGAGAGCCUUUCCGUCCAUCAAGAGCAGGGGCAACCAUGGGUGAAGAUGGUCAUGACAGGAAGUCUAGGGACAGAGAUCGGGAACGUGACAGGAAGGAGAAGCGCAGCAGACGGUCCCGUUCUCGCUCUAAAGAAAAGAAGUCACGGCGGCACAGGUCUAGAUCGAGAUCAGACUCACCACCCAGAGAGAGGAGGCGCCGCGAGAGGAAGUCAGGCUUUGACCAGCCACCACCAGGAGGCAUCCCCCCAGUGUUUGGCGGGCUCCCUGCAGGCCUGCCCCCAGGCAUGCCUGGAGUUGAGGCCAUCGCCGCAGUGGCGGCUCCUCUUGCAGCGGCGGCGCCCACCGGCUUCAGCAAUGGCGGCUUCAGCGGUGCUCCACCCAUGAUCGGCACGCAGAUGGGCGGGAUGAUGCCGGGAGUGCAGCCGCCGUCGCAGCAGGCGACGCGGCACGCGCGCAGAGUGUACGUGGGAGGCCUGCCGCCCACCGGCAAUGAGCAGAACAUUGCCACUUUCUUCUCCAAUGCGCUGGCUGCCAUCGGGGGCACCACUGCUGGGCCAGGUGCCAGCGUGGUGAAUGUCUACAUCAACUACGAGAAGAAGUUUGCCUUUGUGGAGUUCCGCACAGUGGAGGAGACCAGCAACGCGAUGGCGCUGGACGGGAUCAUGUUUGAGGGCGUGUCUGUGCGCGUGCGCCGGCCCAAUGACUACAACCCGGCAGCCGCCUCUGCUCUGGGCCCCUCUGUGCCCAACCCCAACCUCAACCUGGCUGCAAUCGGCCUGCAAGCCGGCGGCAUGAACGCCGUGGCGAUGAUUGAUGCUGCGGAGCGGGUGUUUGUUGGGGGCCUGCCGUACUACCUGAACGAGGAGCAGUGCCGCGAGCUGCUGGGCUCAUUCGGCGGCAUCAAGUCCUUCGACCUCGUCAAGGACCGCGAGACCGGCAACUCCAAGGGGUACGGGUUUGUGGUGUACACGGACCCCAAUGUGACGGAUAUUGCGUGCGCGGGCCUCAACGGCAUGCGCAUGGGCGAACGCACCCUCACCGUCCGCCGCGCCACCGAGAACCAGGGCGGCGCGGCGGGGGCUGCGACGGCUGCGGCGCUAUCGGCGGAUCCGUUCCCGACGGCGACGCGCAUUUUGGCGCUGCAAGAAGCGGUGUCCCUGGACGAGCUGGCCAACGAUGAGGAGUACGUCGACAUCGUGCAGGACAUGCGCGACGAGGCCUCCAAGUUUGGCACGGUGAUCGACGUGCUCAUCCCGCGGCCAGCGCCGGAGGGCCAGCCGCCGCCGAGCGGCCUUGGCAAGGUCUUUAUCAACUUUGCCGAGAAGGAGGGGGCCGUCAACUCAUUCCGCGUGAUGCACGGCCGGCGCUUUGGCGGCCGCACCGUCGUGGCGAGCUAUGUGCAGGAGGCUGACUACGCCGCCGGCAAU